AUGGAGGCGGCCUCAGGGCGAGAACAAAUCCAGUGGUCCUUUAACCCCCCUUCCGCGCCACACUUUGGUGGCCUCUGGGAAGCGGGGGUUAAGGCGACAAAAACCCACUUGAAACGCGUGGUGGGAGCGCAGAUCCUCACGGUGGAGGAAUUCAGUACCCUCCUAGCACAGGUAGAAUCCAUCCUGAAUUCCCGACCUUUGUGCCCCACCAGCUCGGAUCCCCACGACCUCGGGGUGCUCUCCCCGGGGCACUUUAUCACAUUAGAGCCGCUCGUAGCGGUUCCCUAUCCCGACCUAGACCCGGUGCCGAUAGGCAGACUCGAUCGAUGGCAGCUGGUGCAGCACAUGCACCAACAGUUCUGGAAACGGUGGCAUGAAGAAUAUCUACACACCCUCCAGCAACGACCAAAGUGGCUAAAGCCGGCAGACGCGAUAUCAAAGGGCACGUUGGUCCUUCUAAAAACCGAAAACGCCCCUCCUCUGGCGUGGAGACCAGGGCGCGUCGAGGAAUUGCAUCCGGGUCGUGACGGGGUCGCCCGGGUCGCUACGGUGAGGACGGCGGAUGGCCUCCUUAGUCGCCCUCUGGUGAAGCUGUGCCCUCUGCCGAUGGACGGCUCACCGGAGGGACUCGCUCAAACAUAG